AUGCGAAUGGUGGCUGAUGAGGGAGUUCGUCUAGCGAACCUCUGUAGUACUCGGAUGGGACGGGCUCAGCAAAUGUGUAAAGAACGAGCGGACGCUGUGAUGGCAAUUGACUCAUUCUUAAGAAAUACUUCUGAUAUGGAUCGGAAAAUUAAAGACCUUAACAGACAGAUGUGUAAAGAACGAGCGGACGCUGUGAUGGCAAUUGACUCAUUCUUAAGAAAUACUUCUGAUAUGGAUCGGAAAAUUAAAGACCUCAACAGACAGGUGGACAAGCUGGUACGGUUUUGCAAUCAAGCGGAGCAAGCAAUGACUCACUUGGAAGCGCUGGCCACUGUGGUCAGAACCGAAGAGGAGGCG